AUGCCAUUUAUCCAGGUUGCUGCGAGGGUCAACGAGUCAGUUGGACUACCGUUAGAAGCGGACGGAACACUUCUGCUGUCCACAUUGCGAAACAAAUAUCCAGGCGCAAUAGGACUAAUAUUUAAUGAUCCUGAAAGCAGAGAAGUACUAAAAAAGAUCUUCAAUAUAUUAUCAAAAAACAGGCGUGAAAUGUUAAUCCAUUACAACAAUAAUGUAGAAUAUGACACGGAAGACUCGGAUAUGAAGUUGGUUUAA